ACCUCGCAAUCUCUGAGGAUGCCAGCCAUAGAUGUGGGCGAAAUGUCAGGAGAGAAUGCUUCUGGAGCCCAGUGAUUCCGGACAUGAAAGCCUUCGACAAUACAUUUUGUGUUUUUCUUUUUUUUCACGGGCGGAGAGGAACGCCUUUGUGCCAAAACACAACUCACUGUUGAGAUCAGAAAGCCUGCGAGCGAAUAGUGUGUCGGAAUCCACCCUGAGGGUUCUCUUCCUCCUCCGGGAUGCUUCUGCUGAUCAGAGCCGACAGCCCCGUUUCAUGUUCCUUUCCAAAGCCGACUCCUGCGACAUGCUCCAUCGCUCCGGAUCAGCGUCAGAAGAAGAACAAAAGACGCGCCAGGCUCGGGACACGGAGACGGCGGAAUUGGCGGCCAUUAAAAUUGUGAAAAUCGACCCAGGGGAUGACAUUGGGUCCAUCCAGCAAGAGAUCACCACGCUCAGGGACUGUCGCCACCUCAAUGUCGUGGCCUACUUCGGCAGCUACCUCAGGAACGACCGGCUAUGGAUUUGCAUGGAAUAUUGUGGAGGGGGUUCACUACAGGAAAUCUACCAUUCAACCGGACCCCUCUCCGAGAAACAGAUCGCAUACGUCUGCAGGGAGACUUUACAGGGCCUGCACCACUUGCACACCAAAGGGAAAAUGCACAGGGAUGUUAAGGGAGCCAAUAUCUUACUCACGACCAACGGUGAUGUGAAGCUCGCGGAUUUUGGCGUUUCUGCGGAACUGACGGCAUCAGUCGCCAAGCGGAAAUCCUUCAUUGGAACCCCUUAUUGGAUGGCUCCAGAGGUGGCGGCGGUGGAGAAGAAGGGCGGCUACAACCACCUCUGUGACAUCUGGGCCUUGGGCAUCACGGCCAUCGAACUGGCAGAGCUGCAGCCACCUCUCUUUGACCUUCAUCCCAUGAGGGCUUUGAUGCUGAUGUCCAAAAGCAGCUUCCAGCCCCCGAAACUAAAAGACAAGGCGUGCUGGUCUGCCGAUUUCCACCAUUUCCUCAAACUCGCCUUGACCAAGAACCCUAAGAAGCGCCCGGUCGCGGAAAAGCUCCUCCAGCACCCUUUCGUUUGCCAACCUUUGGCCCGAACGCUCGCCAUUGAACUGCUGGACAAAGCCACGAAUCCUGACCUCGCGGCCGCCGCGUCUGCCUUGGACGACGGGGAUUUUGAGGCUUACGAAGCUUUCCCCGACAAAAUCCGUUCGCACCGCCCGCAAGGCCCAACGGAAGGAAACCUUGCGGACAUCCGGCUGAACCAGGCAAAGUUUGGUCCCCCGCUCCGGAAAGAAACCGAACCCUGGUGCAGUUUGAAGGAAGAAGAGGAAGAGAACUGGAUGCUUUUAGGAGACGGAGAGAGCCUCCUUCAGUCAGUGGAAGAAGCCUUGGAGGAAAGGAGCCUCACCAUCCGGCCAGCCCGCCCCGCUGAACAGCCCCAAAAGGAACAACAACUCAGCGAUCCCGGCGAGAGUGACAUGGACACCCUCCGGAGUGGCCCCUUUUGGGAUUUCCUCAACCUAGAGCUGGCCUAUAAGGCUCCUUGGGAGCACGAAGAAGGAGCCGAGUUUUCGGAAGACGAGCAUCCAAGAAGCCAGACCCUGCCAGGCAACACAGAGCUGAGCGAUACCCCCAAUUCCAUGGGUCCCCCGAAACCGGCGGACUCGCUCCUGUCCACCGAAUGGGCCACCAUGAAGAAGAAAGACGAGGCGACCAGGCUGCUCUGUCACGGAUUGCCCCCCACCCCAAAAGUCCACAUGGGAGCCUGUUUCUCCAAAGUCUUCAAUGGUUGCCCGCUGAAAAUCAAUUCAGCCACGACGUGGAUCCACCCGGAGACGAGAGAUCUCUAUCUGUUGGUGGGUGCGGACGAAGGCAUUUAUACCCUCAACCUGCAUGAACUGCAUGAAGAUACAAUGGAGAAGCUGCUUCCCCAUCGGUGCGCUUGGCUCUACUGUAUGAACAAUGUACUACUGACCUUAGCUGGGAAGUCUUCCCAGGUGUCCUCCCAUAACCUCCUGGGCCUCUUCGAGCAGCGGCGCCAGCUGCAGAAGCGCCAGGUCCCGCUUUCCCUCGCUACCAACCGGCUGACGGAGAGGAUCAUCCCAAGGAAAUUUGCACUGUCAGCCAAGAUCCCAGACACGAAAGGAUGCUUGAAAUGCCGCGUAGUCCGAAAUCCAUACUCCGGGAGUACUUUCCUGUGCGCCGCCUUGCCCUCCAGCCUGGCAUUACUCCAGUGGUACGAACCACUGCAGAAGUUCAUGCUCUUGAAGCACGUCCCAGUGUUGCUGCCCAGUCCCUUGACCUUGUUUGAACUCUUGGUGGUGGAGGCGGAGGAAUUCCCGCAGGUCUGCUUGGGGGUCGCGGGCAGCGACCAGCCGGGUACCGAGCUGCAUUUCAGCAUCCUUUCGCUCAGCACCGGGCUCUGCACCGCAACUCCCUCUGGUCGGCCGCUUGUUUUGGCCAGCCACGUCACGCAGAUGGACCGGGACACCGUCCUGGUGUGUUUCGAACGCUGCGUGAGGGUGGUCAACCUGCGAGGGGUUCCCCAGGGCGCACUCAUGCCGGAGCUCACCUUCAACUUCCCGAUCGAGACCAUUGUGUGCCUUCAAGACAGUGUCUUGGCCUUCUGGAAGCACGGCAUGCAAGGACGAAGCCUAGAAUCCAAUGAGGUAACGCAGGAGGUAACGGACGAGUCCAGAGUAUUCCGGGUUUUGGGAGCUCAUAGGGACAUCAUCCUCGAAAGCACUCCCACCGACAAUCCAACGGCGCACAGCAACCUUUAUAUCCUGACAGGUCACGAGAGCAGCUACUGAGCAAAAGUUUCCAAGAACUUUCCAAAAAGUUUCCGAAGCGUUUUUGAAAACUUUCCGAAAAGUUUCCAAGAAGUUUCCGAAAAGUUUCCAAAAAGUUUCCGAGAAGUUUCUGAGAAAUUUCCAAAAAGCUUCCGAAAAGUUUCCAGGAAGUUUUUGAGAAGUUUCCGAGAAGUUUC